CGGGGAUCCGACAUCCGUAUUAUUGCUGUCCAUCAACCCCACAACCCGCGGAAUUCCAACCACUUGUUUUUGCAACCUCUACAACCCUAGUGCUAUCAUGGACACAACUCCGAGCUUGCCACCGGCAGAUAUGGCUCGCUUCUAGAAGGGCUGGCUUUAAAAUGGUCGCCGGCGCCGUGGACCAGCAAUUGCUGGCUUUCCUCACGGUCUCCGAGUCUCUUGUUCAGCACUCUCAGUCUCGUCCUCAGCAACGCCCAUGAUCAUGAAGACCUCUGUCGUCCUCCCCGUCGUCCUCCAGGCCGCGACUGUCAGCGCCUGGGGCAAGCUCGGCCAUGCUACCGUCGCGUCCGUUGCUCAGCAGUAUCUCACCCCGAACACGGUGAAGCAGGUCCAGGCCAUCUUGGGCGACAACUCGACCACUUACAUGGGCAACAUUGCCUCGUGGGCUGACUCUUUUCGCUAUGAGCCUGGCAAUGACUGGUCCGCGGGUCUUCACUAUGUGAACGGCCAUGACGCUCCUCCCCCGGAGAGCUGCCACCUUGUCUUCCCCGAGGACUGCCCUCCUGAGGGCUGUGUCGUUUCCGCUAUCGGAAACUACACCGAGCGUGUGCAGAAGACGGACCUCCCCGCCGACCAGAAGGCGCAGGCUCUCAAGUUCAUCAUCCACUUCUUGGGUGAUAUCGCCCAGCCUCUGCACACCGAAGCCUUCGGCGAGGGAGCCAACAACAUCACCGUCACCUUCCUGGGCUACAAGACCAACCUGCACGCCGCCUGGGACACGUCGAUCCCCAACACCAUGCUCGGCAUCUCCCCGCCGACCAGCGCCGCCAACAUCACCAACGCCGACUUUUUGGGGUGGGCCAACAACCUCGCCGCCAAGAUCAACCAGGGCACGUACCGCAAGGACGUCCGGAGGUGGUUGCGUUACCACUCGGUCACCGACAGGAAGGCUGCUGAGCGCGCGGCUGCCGCUUGGGCUAAUGACGGCAACGAGGAGGUCUGCCACUACGUCAUGAAGAUUCCCGGCAACCAGCUGAACGGUACCGAGAUCGGCGGUGAUUACUACAGGGGCGCUACGGAGGUUGUUGAGCGCAGCAUUAUCAAGGGCGGCGUCAGACUUGCUGGUUGGCUGAACUUGAUCUUUGACAAGCGCACCGGCUUCGAGUUCUGGUCUUAAAUUCGUCUAGACUAGACUUUGGCUAUGUGAGUGUCGGCACUAGUCUACUGCUGUUAGACGGGCGACUGACCGGCUGUAAUACAUAAUUGUUGUAAUACCCCUAGAAGCCUUUUUUUUUUU